GCAAAUUUACGUUUAUAAAGCUCUUUUUUUUAGUUAAUUACGGGAUGUCGGAGGACAGAACAAUACCGGGUUGUCCUUGGGCAUUCGCUGAUGAUAUGAGAAAGAUGAUAGACAAGAAAGAAUUCAGUGAUGUAAAAUUCAUCGUUGGAUCAAACAGAAAAGUUAUUUAUGCCAACAAGUUUAUUUUGUGUGCAAGGAGCAGUGUUUUUAAGAGUAUGCUGGCUGAUGAUCAUAACAUCAAAUCCAAGAAUGUUGAACCUGAUGUUCCUCUUGUCUUAGCUGACCUUGCUCCUGACGUGUUUUUGUCUAUCUUAGAAUUUUUGUAUACAAAUACAUGCACYUUAACAAGCAAAAAUGUUAUGGACGUAAUGGGUUCAGCUAUUGAAUAUGGGCUGGAAUAUCUACAAAAGAUAUGUGAACAUUAYAUUGGUGAAACAUUGUCUGUGUACACUGCGGCUGAAGCCCUUCAGACUGCAGUUACUUACAAUCAAGAGGAAUUACAAGAAAGAUGUGUGGAGUACAUUGAAGGACAUACUCUUGAUGUAGUGAAGACCAAAGGAUUUCAUGAACUGUCAGAAGACUCCCUUGCAUUACUAAUGAGAAGUGACAAUUUACAAAUGGAUGAACUAGAUCUCCUUAAUGCAGUUAGAGAAUGGGCUACGGUGAAUGCUGUUGUAUCUGGAAGAAGUGUUGCYGACAUUGCACAAAGUGUAGUUCAUCAUAUYAGAUUAGGCCUUCUUACACCAGAAGAACUUCGACAAGUYGAGCAAGAMAACGAGAAAGAUAACCUUAUUCCAGUUCGGCAGUUUUCAGAGUCCUGGAAGUUCCAUGCUUUGAUAAAUUCACCUCAUCAUAGUGCAGCUAUAGCAAGACCUAGACGACGCGCAGGAACAAGACCAAGAGAUACGUAGCAUAGUAAACAUUACGUAAAUACUAACGUAACGUGCAGCUAUAGCAAGACCGAGACGACGCGCAGGAAUAAGACCAAGAGAUACGUAGCAUAGUAAACAUUACGUAAAUACUAACGUUAGUGUUAAUGUAUGAUACUGUACGACUAGGUGCGGUUAUAUUAUUGUUAAGACAACGCAGCCCGUUUUUGUUCAGA